AUGGUGGAAACACGUCAGACUUCCCGUCGCCCCGUACCAACCCUUGAAGGCCAUGUAGAGACUAUCAACGAAGGAACAGAGCGCCGCACUCCUCCUCCUCAACCCCAGCACCCCCCUCCUCCGACUCCUCAACCGCAGCCCCCUCGCUCACCAGAGCCCGCGGCCAUUACCCCGCAUACGGCCCAUGAGGCACUCUGCCGUUUGGAGGCACGCAUCCGAGCCAUGGAAGAGGACAACGGGGCGGGACGAGAACAGGCCCGCAGCUUGAGGGUUCGCGACGCUCAAGAGGAGAUUCGCAUGCUCCGAGCACGCCUGCGACAACUUGAGGAGCAGGAAACUCACUCGCGCCCCCAACCCGUGUUUUCCCAGGAAGAAGAGACGAGUGGGGGCCCAAUCCGACCCCCCUACUACCAGGAGGAGCGCCGCCGAGCUCCCGCGGCGGAGAGGGUGGCCAGCCAUACUCCACAGAGACACCGCUCCCCCCGAAGGAGCCCUUCCAGGCGCAGGAGUCCUUCCCCGACUCGAGACAGGACUCACAACCGCCCCAGGUCCAACAACGCUCUUAAAGAGAAGGAGUCUCUGAAGGCGUUUCUCAACCGGUUCAACAAGGAGGCUGGGGAUAUCACCGGUCUCCUCCCCGACACUAGGUUGGUCCUAGCUACCGCAGCUCUCGCUCCAGGACCCUUCCUGACCUCGCUGGACGGAAAACCAGCCAACACUCUAGAGGAAUUUCUGGCCCGAGCAGAGAAGUUCAUAAAUACGGAGGAUGCUGCAACCCUACGAGCCGCGAGUCAGACGCUCGCGAUCAAAGGACCGCCGAAGGUGAAAGAGCAUAAAGACCAACCUUCGGCCCGGGACUCCCGACGGAAGGGUCAGGACGAACGGAAGCCGAAGAAGAAGAAGUAUGAUAAUUACACUCCACUGAACUCCUCCCUAUCACGUAUCCUGAGGGAGAAGGCCUCCACCGACCUCAGGGACCGACCCCCUCCACUUAUGACGAGGGGGGACAAGCUGGAUUCUAAGAGAUUUUGUGAGUUCCACGACAGCCCGGGCCACAACACGGACGAGUGCUUGAAUCUCAAGGACAAGGUGGAGGAGCUGAUCAGAGCAGGCAGGUUAUCUAGAUAUGUGGCCAUGUCAUCAGGUGACCUCCCACGACCAUGCUCACCGCCCCCCCGACGGUCACCGACCCCACCAAGACACCGUGCCCGAACCCCUCCAAGGCACCGAACCCCUCCCAGGCGCCGAUCGCCCGAUCGGCAAGACAGGACGCCACCCCGCCGCCAAAGCCCAGAGCGCCGCGGACGAAGCCGAGAACGUAGAAGAAGCCCCGACCGACACGGCCGGGAUGAAGUUAGAAGGCAUCAUGGAAACAACCUAGUCAGCGUUGGUUCGAUAGCCGGAGGCUGGGCCGCAGGAGGACCCACUAACAACAGCCGGAAAAGGAGUACCCGCGUCAUCAUGUCCGCGGCAGGAAGGCCUCGUCCAGGGUCCCUCCACCCCCCAAGGCAGAAGGUGGCCAUCACCUUCGCGGAAGACGAUUACAGCGAAGAUACCGGCGAGGAGGAUGACCCCAUCGUCGUUGAAGCCUUGAUCGACAAUGGUAAGAUCCGAAGGACACUCAUCGAUACAGGUAGUUCCGCUGACAUUAUGUUUUAUGACGCUUAUAAAAGCUUAGGGCUAUCGGUGAAGGACCUGCUCCCCUACGACCAUGAUUUGACCGGGUUCACAGGGGACAGAGUCCUGCCCUUAGGCUAUUUUGAUACUUGCCUUUCCCUGGGAGAUCAUAGGAUUUGCAGGACUAUUAAAGCUCGCUUUCUGGUGGUGGAAUGUCCAACGGCGUACAACGCCAUCCUUGGCAGGCCAAGCCUCAACACUUUCAGGGCGAUCAUAUCCACCCACCACCUGAUGCUUAAGUACCCCUGGGCAGGAAGGGCGGUACCAGUACGCGGCAAUCUCGAAAUGGCAAGGAGCUGCUACAACUCCAGCUGCAGGCUGGCCAGGGAGGAAAGGAAGAGAAAGAAGUCCAAAGCCCACGACCAGGGUGACAACUUUCACGUUCAACACACCAGUUUCAUGACUGACCUCGACCCCCGAGUGGACCAGUCCAGAGACGAUCAGCGCCUCAAACCCGACGGGGAGUCUCGCCCUAUUCAGGUCGGUCUCCUUCCGGAGAAUACCACAAACAUAGCUCGUGGCCUCCCCCGGGACCUCUCCAAACGCAUGGAAAAGCUGCUGCUAUCAAAUGGGAAGUUAUUUGCUUGGUCGUCGGCGGAUAUGCCAGGCAUCGACCCUGCAUUCUGCAGCCACAAGCUAUCCGUCGACCGGAAAUUCAAACCAGUCGCUCAGAAGAAAAGGCAAACGAGCGCCGAGAAACAGCAAGUCAUCAAGCAGCAGACUACGGAGUUGCUUCAGGCCGGGAUCAUUCGAGAAGUCAAGGACACUACUUGGCUCUCCAACGUGGUCCUGGUCAAGAAGGCAAACGGGAAGUGGCGCAUGUGCGUCGACUACACCGACCUCAACAAGGCAUGCCCUAAGGACCCUUUCCCUUUACCGAGCAUUGAUGCACUUGUGGACAAUUCCUCCGGGUACGAAUACCUCUCUCUCAUGGAUGCUUACUCAGGCUACAACCAAAUCCCUAUGCAUAGGGAUGACGAGGAGAAAACUGCUUUCAUCACCGAUCGGGGCACUUACUGCUACACUAUGCUGCCCUUCGGCCUCAAGAACGUAGUGGCAACCUAUCAAAGGAUGAUGACCCGGAUCUUCGGAGACUUGAUGGGAAAAUCGGUCGAAGUUUAUAUAGAUGACAUCAUAGUCAAGACCCCGAAGGGAGGAGAUCACGCAGCAGACCUUGCGGUCGUCUUCGAGCAGUUAAGGAAACACAACAUGCGCCUCAACCCCGACAAAUGUACUUUUGGUGUUCGGAGCGGGAAGUUUCUGGGAUACAUGCUGACCAACCGUGGAAUCAUGCUGAACCCUGACAAAUGUCAAGCGAUCAUGAAUAUGAAGAGCCCACGUACUGUCAAAGAAGUCCAACAGCUUGCGGGUCGCAUGGCCGCGAUCGGCUGCUUUUUGUUAAAGGCCGCCCUCCGCGCACUUCCUCUCUACUCACUCCUAAAGAAGGGAGCAACCUUUGAGUGGUCGGAAGAAGCCGACGCCGCGUUCACCCUGCUGAAGGAAAUCCUGUCAUCCCCUCCUAUCCUGACCAGCCCCAAACCAAGAGAGACCCUGUACCUUUACUUGGCACUACGGGAAAAGGCAGUAAGUUCCGUUCUGAUCAGGGAAGAGGAAGGAGUACAACUACCUGUCUAUUUUGUCAGCCGUUCUUUGAAAGGGGCAGAGCUCAGGUAUAAGAUGCUAGAGAAAGUGGUGCUGACCUUACUGACCACCGCUCGGCGGCUGCGGAGAUAUUUUCAGGCUCAUCGCAUCGUGGUACGUACCGACUAG